UCUUUUGCCUCUCGCGCCGCGCUCUCAGUCUCUCGAUCUCCGUCUCCUCCUCGUCGGCGGGAGCUGCGGCGGCGGCGGCGCGGAGCUUUGCGAGAAGAUACAGCAAUGGCGGAUACGAAGCUGCCCGCAUUUACCAUUAGAACUCGGAAGUUCAUGACCAACCGUCUUCUCUCGCGCAAACAAUUUGUCAUUGAUGUCCUGCAUCCUGGACGUGCCAAUGUCUCCAAGGUGGAAUUGAAGGAUAAAUUGGCGAAGAUGUACGAGGUGAAGGAUGAGAACUCGAUCUUCGUUUUCAAGUUCAGGACUCACUUCGGAGGUGGGAAAUCGACUGGCUUUGGAUUGAUUUACGAUUCCGUUGACAGUGCGAAAAAAUUUGAGCCCAAGUAUCGGCUCAUCAGGAAUGGUCUUGCGACCAAGGUUGAGAAGUCAAGAAAGCAGGUUAAGGAAAGAAAGAACAGGGCAAAGAAGAUCCGUGGUGUCAAGAAGACGAAGGCUGGAGAUGCUGCCAAGGCUGGGAAGAAGAAGUGAGAUCUCUUCAAGCAGCAACAAUGGCUGCAUGUAGGAUCCAGAGCCAUCUUCUCAACUUGUUUUGGAAUUUUGAGUUGCUUUACUUCUUUGUAGGUUUUGAACUAUGUUUGUGCAAAGUGGGAAUGAUGUUUUUUUUUUUUUAUUAUUUAUUAUUAUAAAUUUAACAGCUUGAGGUUGAUUCAGUUUUGUUGAAUAUCUGUACUGAAUUUUAACUUUCAGGCAUGCCUAUAAUUUUUCAUUAUAAUGUUCUGCCAAACCUAAGUA